CAACGCCAAGUGAGAAUAAAUUACAAGACGCCGGAGUGGACUUUUACAGGCGGUGCGCAUGCGCGCACACCUUUAAUGAUUAAUUGGAGGCACGGCGGCGAUCUUUGGCACUCUCCAUUCAUUGUCAUUCUUGUUCUUUCUUUCUUUUGUUUUGUUUUUUUUGUCCCUCCAAACUUUCUGGAUGCGCUGCGAUUCGACACGCUGCCUUUCUCCCUUUCGCGAAGAAAAGGAAAACAAAGGAAGCGUGUAAGCUUCUUCUUCUUCUUCUUCUUCCUGGGCUGAGUGAGCAGGACCCAAGCGAUGGACCCCAGCACACAACCCCCCGGCCCCCACCAAGAGGACGACGCUUCCAAGAAGACUUCGGGGCUGCUGGGGAGUUUCCGAAAUAACAUCCGACUGGCGGCCGAGAAAAGUCCACUAACGCCGGGGUCCCGGGGGUCCAGGAACCCGUCGCCGUCCACGCCACCCGACGGAGCGCCACAUUCACCCGGCGUCACGUCGCCGCGCCUACGGACAGACGACGACGACGACGACGACGACCGCGACCGAUCGCCGAAAAGCAGAGCCGUGAUGCAUUCGAGGACAGAAGCCAACCUGGCCCGACUGGAUUCCCUCCUGAAGAAGGGAGCGUCCAUUCGUCGCAGCCUGAGAUUCGGCUCCAAGAAGGCCAAGCCACAGGACGCCUUCCUGGCCGUCCGGGGGGAGGCCAAGGAGGAAGACCGGGAUGAGGAAGACCACAACGACGAUGAAGAGGAAACAUGGGAGCAGACGGAGGAGGCGUACACGUUGCCCGAAUUGCCGAGCAUUCCUCUCUCAGUGAUGCAGAUCAGCAAGCUGAUCGAGAUGGAGGUCCUGGAGGAGGCGCACCUCCACCUGCUGGCUCUGCGGGCGGAGUUCCAGCGGGAGAGUCUCGACCCGGACCGGGAGGACUCCGCAGUGGAGCUGGCCAAAAAGGAGAAGGACCUGAGCCUCCUGUACGCCGACCUGCGGCUGAAGAUCUCCCGCAUCGUGCGCACCUCCGUCUCGCUGCCCGCCAGGAACAAGGGCCUCCUGGUCCACGUGGCCCGCAUCGUCCAGGAGGAGGACAAGCGGGCCCGGGAACCCGGCGGUCUCCACGGGAGCUGGAUGGACGCCUGGAGGGAGGCGGUGGAGCAGGGCGCCCGGGAAAAGGUGGACGCCGUCCAUCUGGAGCCGACGAACCACAGCAAGACCUCGUGGCUGGCGGUCCACCUGGGUCUUCUGGGCAAGGCGGUGGUGGAGGAUCUGGAGAAGGUGAAGCGCGAGCUGCGCCGCUCGUACCCGCCCAGCUUCCGGGUGUUCGCCACCUACGUGCGCAGCUACCACGCCGCCGUCGGCCGGCACCUGCGCCUGCUGGAGGGCCGCGCCGCCCAACUCAAGGACCUCUACGCCCUGCUGGACUGGAUGCUGCACCGUUACCGCAGCGAGCGUCUGAUGGCGAGCCCCGCCCUGGAGCCCGACAUGAGCCACGUCGACGUCGACCUGCGCCCGGAUCAAGACUUGCUGCUCAGGCUCAGGGACAAGUUCUGCCGCACUGUCAAGGAGGACAUGAGAGUGACUCUGGACCGCCUGGUGGCGCUGGAGAACGAGGAGAUGUGGAGCAUCCGGAAGCAUCCCGACACGGACGACGACCACUUGCUCACCUCCAUGUUCCACAUGGACAUCUGCACGAAAGUGAGCGGCAACGUCGUGAACGCCCGAUUACUGGACGCCGAACUGGAACGAGGCGUGGUGGCUUCAUGCCUGGGAGAGCUGCAGGAUUUCCCCAAGAGGUUCCACGCCGAGUUCCGUCGCCAGCUGUCCUCUCUGCGAGCCGACGAGCCGCCGUGGAGCGAAUUUCAGGUCACGUACAUCAACUGCUUCCACGCCUUGCAGCAACACAUUGAGGACUCGUACUCGGGCGCCAGCCCCCACGGGGUGGAGGCCGUGAGCAAGGAGGUGACGUGGCUCCUGCGCACCCUGCGAGAAGGCCUCGAGCUGCAAUUCAAGGGGGAUGUCAAGCCGUACCUGCGCCGGAUGAUGACGAGAAAGUGGCUGACAAACGACGACGACUUCAACAGCCUGCGCGCUCGCGCCGAGCUUCUGGCGCGACACUGCGAGGCCAUGCGGCCGCCGCACCGCCAGGACGUGGCCGGCGCGGCGCACUACCACGUGCUCAAGGAGUACGUGGGCCAGCUCAUGAAGACCAACUACUCGUGCAAGAAGCGCAAACACCACAAGGCGGCCGGCAAGAUGCGUGCGCAGUGCUCCCAGCUCGCCGACGUCUUCCAUCGCAUGGGCUCGCGGGAGGACUGGCUGGACCCCGUCGGAGAUCACCUGAGCGACAUCGUGGGCCAGAAUAAUGAAGGCGACAUCAAAGACCACCUGCAGCCUCUAUUGGACCAAUACCCGGACUUCAGCUCGAAGCACCUGAUGGCCGUGCUGGCGUUCCGCGGCGUGCUGCGUGGCCGCGAGCAUCAGCGCAUCCUGCGCAGGCUGGAGCAGCUGAGGAAGACGAAGAAGAUCACCACGGCAACCGGCAACGACCAUCAUGGCCGCCGCUCGCUCUUCCGCAACAUGGACGCUCGGCUUCGCGCCGACUGCCUGUCGGACGUCUCCUCCUUCUGCUUCACCUUCGUCUUCCCCGGCGAAUAGCUUCCCACGCAGGACGUGCAAGCCUCUCCCCCCCCAUCAAAAAAUGUGAAAAAAAAAUUGUACUUGAAUUCAAUUGGCACAAAAAUACUAGAAAAAUUAUGUGGUGCCGCUUUGAAUUUUUAUACCAAAAUUUUCACGAUUUGGAAAAAAAAAAUUGCGUGUGAGUUUGAAUUUGACACCAAUUUAAAAAUUUCGAAAACUAAACUUGUACGCCAUCAAAAAAACUAAACGCUCGUGCCAAAAACCGUGAAUGGCACAAAAAUACAACAAGCAAAACCUGUGCCACCUGGAUUAUAAUGGCGGGGUGAGGGGAGUCCCCCCCCCCCCUAUUUUUUUUCCUCCAACAUUUCAGGAGCUAUGCCGCCAAACCGACUGUUACAGGUCCAAAAUGGACAACCUCCUGUUCUAUACUCGGCAUGGAUUGGUUAUUUUUUUUUCGCGCACCCUGGCCUGAAAGACGGAUUGAUCAGAUUAUAAACAGGAUUUUCUAGAACUUUCCAAUGGCCACUCAAUCAUUCACGUGAGCGACUUCCAGUUGAAUUCCACCAAUGGUUCCUUGAGCGUCUAUAAAUCCUGUUGACUUGA